AUGGACCGCAUCCUCCCCGCGCUGUCGUCGCCGCAGAUGAAGUCGCGGAUGACCGCGGUGGACGACCUCCAGGUGCGACGUCCGCCCUUCGCGUCGGACGCGACGACGCCCCCUUCGCGCCGUCGCAUCCAUCCCGGUCGUCGCGCACGACGCGCGCGUCGCCUCGUCUUUUUCAAAAUGUCCCGUCCCCCCUCGCCGGUCGUCCUCGCCGGUCGUCCCCUCCGUCGUCCCCUCCCUCAUCCCCGCGUCUCCCUCCCCGCGACUGACUCCACCGAACUCCACCAGACGUACCUGGAGACGAACGAGGUGGCGGACAGGGACGAGGCGGCGCAGAUCUCCGCCGCCCUCGAGUCGCUGCUCAAAGACAACAACGCCAAAGUGUGCGAGGGCGCGUUGUGCGCGGCGCGAAACGCCGUGGAGGGCGCCCCGGAGCUGUUCGAACGCCACGUGCCGUCGUUCAUCGGCGGCGUGUUCGACCGCCUGGGCGAUCUCAAGGCGCCGGUGCGAGAGGCGGGGCAGAGGCUCCUCGUGACGCUCAUGGCAAACGGCGUGAGUGAGCCGGCGACGCUCGUCGGGGGGCGGUCGAGCGCGUGGAAGCACAAGAACUGGCGCGUGCGCGAGGGGCUGCUUCGGACGAUCGAGAGCGCGUUCGACGACAUCGCGAGCGAGGGCCACGACAUGAACGGCCUCGACGCGAAGACGACGCUGCCGCAGUGCGUCGCGGCGCUGGAGGACAGAGAGGCGCCGGUGAGGGAGGCGGCGGCGGAUGCCGUCUGCGCGAUGGGCAACGCGACGGGCGGCGGCGACGUCGUCAGGGCGCUGAACAAGUUUACCAUCCGCCCCGCGCAGCUGAAAGACAUUCAGACGCGGCUGGGCGUGGACGCGGGGCCGAGCGCGGCGGUUUCGGCGGCGGCGGCGGGGAGCAGCAGCCGUCCGAGCAGCCACAGCGGCGUCAGGUCCGGAGCGACGUCGUCGUCGUCGUCGCCGCCCGCGACGUCGCACGCGUCGCGCGGACACUACGGCGGGGACGACCGGCGCGGUCACGGCGCGCCGCCGCCGGCGUCGUCGCGCCCGGGAGCCGGGAGCUCGAGGCCGUCAACGACGGGCGGGAUGCUUCGAAGGGCGAACAGCGGCGGCAUCCCGCCCGCGGACGCGAGCGCGGCGCCGCCGCCGUACGGCGCGGCGACGGGGUCGGUCCCGAGGAUCGCGGAGGGCGCGCCGCCGCGUCCCGUGCACGUGGACAGCGAGCGCGAGCUGUCGCAGGAGAUGGAUAAGAUCGCGACGCGGUUGAACCCGGCGAAGGAGUGGACGGAUCGCAUCGCGGCGAUGGUGCGGAUCGAGGCGCUGUUGCUCGGCGGAGCGGCGGAGUGGGAAAACUUCCCCGCGAUUCUCUCGCGGCUGCGCGAGCCGCUGACGCAUCAGGCGGCGGACCGGCGCUCCGCGAUCGUGCGCCAGGUGGCGCACCUGCUCGUCGUUCUCGCCGCGGAGCUCGGCGGCGAGUUCGAGAAGGAAGCGACGCACUACGUCCCGGAGCUGUUUAAGUGCGUCGUGAUCACCGUGCAGAUCAUCGCCGAGAGCGGCGACCUCGGCGUGCGCGGCGUCCUGCACAACUGUCACGCGAAGCAUCUGAUCCCCAAAAUAUGCGACGCCGCGUCCAAGGAUCGCAGCGCGAAGCUGCGGUCGAUCGCGACCGGGUGGCUCUCGCUCGUCGUGAAGGAGUGGGACCUCGGCGAGCGGUCCAGGGACGUCGUCGAGGACGCGGUCCUGAACAUGGUGGGCGACGGCAACGCGGAGGUGCGCGUCGGCGCGCGGCGGAUGUUCCUCGACUACGCGCGGCGGUUCCCCGACGCCGCGUCGAGAGCGCACGCGAGGAUGGACGCGAACACGCAGCGCUUGAUCGCGCAGGAGAGCGCCGCGGGGUACGACGGGGACGAGUACGCGAAGACGGGCGUCCUGGAUCAUCGGCCGGGGCGGGUCGCCGGGAGAGUCCGGUCGACGAGCCGGCCGGCGACGACGGCGGCGACGGCGCGGGUUCGACCCGCGCCGUCGUCGUCGUCCUUGGGGUUUGCGGACGGGUACGGCGGCGCGGAUUCGUACCUCUCCGCGUCGGACGUCAUGGACGGGAAGACGCGGGGAAGCGCGGGGGGCGGGGGCGGCGGCGGGGGGGUCGGGAGGGACGAGCGUCGCCGGUCGACGGCGACGGGCGGGGCGAGGCAUCCGUCGUCGUCCUCGGCCGCCGCCGCCGCCGCGGAGAAGAAGUCGAGCGCGCAGCAGCAGCAGCAGCAGCAGCAGCAGCGCGACCGCGACGGGGACGCGUACGACGGGUCGAGGUACGCCUCCGACGGGCAUCUGCGACCCGCGGCGGGACGCGAACGCGAACCGAGCUCAGGACUUUGCCCGGCGUCUCUCUGCGCCCACCCCACGCUUUCAAUCCCCGCCCUCGACGCCUUUCAACUCCACCUGACGCCUAUGAACUCCACCCCGACGUUCGCUUGUAUGGAACGGCCCUCAGUGCUCGACGUGCUCCAAUCCGCUCGCGCGCUGUCGCCGCGCGCGGCGUCCUCCUCGAUCUCCUCCGGCGGCGGCUUCGGCGCGUCGUCGUCGAUCGCGGGACCCUCGUCGUCGUCGUCGUCGGCCGCGGUCGCGUGGGAGUCCAAGGUUGCGGUCUUCGACGCGCUCGCGCGCGCGAUUCGCGUCGGCGGCGUCAAGGCGGCGGCGGACGCGACGACCCACGUCGACAAACUGUCGAACCUUUUCGUCCGACACUUGUCCGACCCGCACCACCGCGUCGCGCUCAGCGCGCUCGAGGCGUUCGUCGAGGUGGUCCCCGCGUGCGGCGGCGCGCUCGAGCCGUACCUCGAGCGAUUGUGCCCGUCGCUGUUCCCGCGAUUGGUCGACGCCAAGGAGAGCGUGCGAGGCGUCGCGUCGGCGGCGCUCGCGGCGGUGGGCGACGCGCACUCCGCGGACGCGCUCCUCCCCGCGCUUCUGACGUCGCUCGAGUCCGCGAAAGCGCCGCGCGCCAAGACGGGCGUCCUGGAGUUCGCGCUGUACGUCCUCAGCGGCCAAGGCGGCGGGACGGACCCGACCGGGAUCGGGAAGUCGCCCGCGAGCGCAGGGAGCGGCGCGCUGAGCGAGUGGGUCGCGCGCGUGGCGCCGUUGACUUCGGACCGCCACGCGCCGUUGCGCGCCGCCGCCGCCGCGGGGCUCGCCGCGGUGCACGCGAGGGCGGACGCUCGAGUGUUGCUGAGGCACCUCGCGUCGCUGUCGAGCGCGGACGCCGCGGCGGUGUGCCGCGCGGUGUCGCCGCACGCGCCGAGCGUCGACUCGGAAUUUCACGCGUACGUCUCCGGCGGCGGCGCGGAGUCUGCGCAUCGAUCGAGGCGCGCGUCUUCGGGCGCGGCGAGGCGGCGGUCGUCCUCCGGUCGCUACGGCGCGCCGUCCUCGGACUCCGACGACGACGUCGACGCGCCGCCGGGCCCCGCGCGGCGCACGCCGACGCGGCGCGACAGCGCCGCGGGCCCCGCGGAUGACGUCGCGUCGCGAGCGCUUCGAGCGUCCAUGGAACGCCUCGGGUUAUCAUCCCCGACGCGCGCGCGCGACGAUCUGGACGGCGCCGCGGGCCUCCGCGCUCACGCGGCGUCGCCCGGGGCGGAUUGGGGACCCGCGUCCGCGGCGAAGACGACGCGCGCGGACGACGCGCUCGUCGGCGCGGGGUCCGCCGACGCCGACUACGCGUUGGCCGAGGCGCUCAGCCUGAGCGCUCGCGAUCCGUCGCGCGCGCUCCCUGGGAUCCGCGCGGCGCUGCGCGACGGCGCGUCCCCCGGCGCGAACGCCGCGGGGCAGGUGCUCGCGAUCGCGUUCGAAGCGCUGGCGCCCGGCGCGAGGGAAGGGACGUCGUCGCAGACGCGCUCGUGCGCGCUGUUCGCGUUGCGCGACCUCGCCGAGGCGUCGCCGCGCGCGUUCGCGCCGCACGCGGCUGUCGCGGUGCCGCGGAUCGUGGACCACCUUCGCGGCGACGACGCGCAGACCGCGAUGGACGCCGCGGACGCGCUCGACGGCGUGUGCGCCGCGUGCGCGCCCGCGGACGCGCUGAAAUUCCUCGCGCCGCACCUCGGCGACGGCGGCGCCGCGCCCGUGCGAUCGCUCUGCGCCGUCGUGUCGCGGACGACGCCGGACGAGCUCAUGCGACGCACGCCGGACGUCAUCCCGGGUCUCGUGGAGGCGUUCAACUCCCCGAGCGCGGACGUGAGGAAGGCUGUCGUCGACGCGCUCGUCGCGGCGUACGACGGGUUGGGGGACUGGCUGCUCCCGCAGCUGGGCGCGUUGACGCCGGCGCAGCAAAAGCUGGUGACGAUUUACAUCAACAGAGCGAUGGAGAAAAACGGCGGCGCGGGGGCGAAGAGAGUCGGCGCGGACGGGCGCGUGCCGCUCGCGCCGCGGAUGAAUUGA